CGAGCGACGACUGUUUCCGAAGCGUGCACAACGAACCGGACCGAAAGAGAAGAGGCGCGUGUGGAGCGCACGGUUUUGGAAGACACUGUAGACGACAGGCGAUUCUGCACGGAAUUAUUGAGACCGUGGGUAGGCUUCGUAAUCUAAACUGGGACUGAGCACACGAGCUAUUUACAGUGCUUCUCAUCAUCCAAGUGGCUCCAGCGUGGGUGAUACAGAUUGGUAUCAACAACAAAAGUCAAGCGUGGCUGGCCCAUGUUCUCCAGGGUAAAGAAGAAUGGAUGACAGCCAGAAUGGCGUGCAGGUCGGCGAGAACAAGUUUAUCAGCAAGAGCGCCAUUUUAUCACAUCUGAAGACCUACAACCUCUACUAUGAAGGGAAGACUCUCCAGCUCAGACACAGAGAGGAGGAGGGUGAGCUGAUCGUAGAGGGUCUGCUCAACAUCUCCUGGGGCCUGAAACGACCAAUCAGACUACAGAUGCAGGAUGACCACGAGCGAAUCAAACCUCCCCCUUCCUCCACUUCCUGGCACUCCGGCUGUAACCUGGAUGCACAAAGCCAAGAGGGAGCCAAACAGACCCCUCCUCCCAUCGAGGUGACACCACCGCCUGACCAAUCGGAGAACAACAUGAUGAAGGAGGAUGAGGAAGAUGAGGACUACGACGCCUCCUCUCAGCUCCUCCGGACCAAGAGUGACGCCGGGGUGCUGAGACGGGCCAACCGACGGUCGCCUAGCGACCAGAGACGAAUCAGACGCCACCGCUUUUCAAUUAAUGGGCACUUUUAUAACCACAAGACGGCUGUGUUCACUCCAGCCUUUGGCUCGGUGACCAACGUCCGUAUCAACAGCUGCAUGACCACGCCGCAGGUGUUGCGCGUGCUCUUCAACAAGUUUAAGAUCGAAAACAGCCCCGACGAGUUCUCACUCUACCUGGUCCACACCAGUGGAGAGCGUAUGCAGCUGAAACGUAGUGACUAUCCUCUGAUUGUGAGGGUACUGCAGGGUCCCUGUGAACAAGUGUGCCGAAUCUUCCUCAUGGAGCAAGAUUUGGGAGAGGAGGUUACCUACGAUGUGGCGCAAUACAUCAAGUUUGAGAUGCCCGUACUGCAGAGCUUCAUCACCAAACUCAAGGAGGAGGAAGACCGGGAGGUGCAGAAAUUAAGGACCAGGUACUCGUAUCUCCGCUGCAUCCUUGAGAAGCAGCUGCAGUGCCAGCCAGAGGGCAGCACCUGUAUGUGAGCUCAGCACGCCCCGUUUUCAGCUGUCCUCACACACACACACACACACACACACACACACACACACACACACACACACACACACGCACGCACGCCCCAUCUUCA